UCUUUUGAUAUCUAUUCGUCCUGUGUUAUUAUUGUUGUGAAGUUUGGUUUGAAUAUACGGAAGAAUUUCAAAUAGAUUCUAACAGUUUAUCGAUAAAAGAACAAUUAAGUGUCUAAUGGCUAUGUUGGCUCCUUCUGGACCUCAAACUGGCRAACGAAAAGAGAUUUACAAGUAUGAAGCACCAUGGACCAUCUAUGGAAUGAACUGGAGUGUACGAACCGAUAAACGCUUCAGACUGGCUCUUGGCAGCUUCGUAGAAGAGUAUAACAACAAGGUUCAGAUCGUGUCGCUAGAGGAGGAAAUCGGCGAAUUCACUGUGAAAGCGACCUUUGAUCAUCCAUAUCCCACAACUAAAAUAAUAUGGAUUCCAGACAAUAACUCUUAUCCUGACCUGUUAGCAACAUCAGGGGAUUAUCUUAGAGUAUGGAGGGUAAAUGAUUCUGAUGUCAGAUUAGAGUGUCUUCUAAACAAUAAUAAAAAUUCCGAUUUCUGUGCUCCUUUGACGUCGUUUGAUUGGAAUGAGGUUGAUCCCAACUUAUUAGGAACAUCAAGCAUUGAUACUACAUGUACUAUAUGGGGACUAGAGACUGGCCAGGUUCUUGGUAGAGUCAACAUGGUAUCRGGACAUGUCAAAACACAGCUAAUAGCACAUGAUAAAGAGGUAUAUGAUAUAGCGUUUAGCCGUGCUGGUGGAGGUCGAGACAUGUUUGCGUCAGUUGGUGCUGACGGUUCAGUUAGGAUGUUUGAUUUAAGACAUUUAGAGCAUUCAACCAUAAUAUAUGAAGACCCUCAGCAUAGYCCUUUAUUACGCUUAUCAUGGAAUAAACAGGACCCUAACUACUUGGCUACAUUUUCUCUUGAUGCUGUUGAGGUGAUCAUUCUUGAUGUGCGAGUACCAUGUACACCAGUAGCAAGACUUAACAAUCACAGAGCUUGUGUCAAUGGAAUAGCAUGGGCUCCACACUCAUCCUGUCACAUCUGUACAGCAGCUGAUGAUCAUCAGGCACUAAUAUGGGACAUACAACAGAUGCCCAGAGCAAUAGAGGACCCUAUUCUAGCAUAUACAGCAGAUGGUGAAAUAAACCAAAUACAAUGGGCAUCGACGCAGCCUGAUUGGAUAGCCAUAUGUUAUAAUAAUUCAAUGGAAAUACUUAGAGUAUAAGGUUGUCUCCAUAGCAACAACAUGAUUGACAGCGCUACAGAUGUUCUGAAACAUUGUCAUUAUGCCGACUAGUGCUUUAGGACAAGCUGGUUUGUACAGCCCUUUUAGCAAAUAACAAAUGUUGAAUCUUGAAUAGUGCAGUAGUACAUAGUUAAACAGAAGUUCAGAAACACCAUUGCAUACUUACAUUUAAAAAUACCUU